CGAUGACUUUAGUUUUAUUUUAUAAACAAACAAAAAAUAUCGAGAAUUUUAGUGGAAGAAAAGGAUUGUUUAUAAAAUUAUGGCUGACCGUCUAACACAAUUACAGGACACUGUUAAUACGCAAGCUGAGCAUUUUUGUAAUGCAAUCGGUAUAAUACAACAGACUUCUUAUCCAAGCAAAUUUCCGAAUUUUGAUCGCACCGGUUCACAAACUCCGGUACAGAAUCAACAACAAGAAGAUUAUGCCCAACUGUUUGCACAACUUAUAUCGCGUUGUGCCAAAGACAUUGAUACACUAAUAGAGUCGUUACCAAACGAGGACAGUUCGACGGAAUUGCAAAACCAAAGUCUAAAAAGGUUGGAAUUGGAAAAUCAGGAAGCUGCCGAACGUUUAGAAGAGAUUGCUCUUAAAGGAGAAUUACUUUUGGGUAGUAUUCAGAGUGCGCUAGAAGAUAUAGCACAGGCUCAAUUGGAUAUGCAAAUAACACUAAAAAAUAAUAACAGCUAAACAAGUUGUGUCCGAUUAAGUGAAUAUAUUUUUAUUUGCAAAGUUUGCCAAAAUAUAAAAACA